AUCGUUGUCAUGGAGCAUGUCUUAUUGAAACACGGAAUAUAUUUCUGUCAAAAUACAAUAUUUGUCACUUUACCAUGGAUGUUACUGCGCAAGAUAUUCCCGCUUGCAUGCUAUUGAGGCAUGUAGCGAGAUAAACCAAUCUCGUCAACAAAUACUUUCUAUUUUCACUUUCUAUAUUUGAAGGAAUUAUUACUUAUAACGACUAUCUGAAAUUAGUUGUUGUUGAUACCAUGUAAAAUUCACAAAAAAUAUUAAAAUAUUGCUGAUAAGGACGACUGCUACUUUGUAUAUAACAAAUUAUGGGGAUUACAAAACAUUAUUUGCUUCGUAUGUGAAACUAUUUCGACAGGUCCAUUAGAUAUUUAUUUUUCUGAUUCAGUGUAUAAGUUUGUACGAGGAGUGCUCACCUAUUAACAGCUGAAUUAACCUCGCUUUCGAGAUGAAACCAUAUACGAUAUUUUAUGAAAUUUGAAUUUGAAUACAAAAAUUAAUAGGAUGGCAGAUCAGGAGGAACAGAAACGGGAGGAAGAAGAACGCAGUUUGUGGGCAAACGCAGUCAAACUAGCUCUUGAAAAUGUUCCAAAAGCCAAAAAGCCGGCAACGGCUCUCACUACCCUCAUUGGUGAGGCUUUGGAAAAUAAAAGCGAUAUCAAGAAAUGGGACGCUAAGAGAAAAGAAAUUGAAGAAUGGAAGGACAAAAGACUACAUGCAACACCCAAGGAAUUAAGGAGGAUGUCUGUAAACACGAGCGUGUCAGAUACGGCAUCGCUGGCAUCAAGUGGUGGCAUUCCAGGUGCCCCAGUCAUGAACCGUUUACUGACCCUCUGCUUCCGUGGGGAAUGGAAUAGUGUUGAACAGAUGCUGAGGUCUAUGGAGAAAGGUGAUCCAGACAUCUGUAAAGCAGAUGAGGACACUGAAGUGACACCAUUGAUGUUGGCGGCCAAGGAUAAUAAAUUUUUCUCAGUAGAGAAGCUUCUAGAAUUAGGAGCCUCAGUCAAUGACAAAUCAAAGGAUGGUAAGGCAGCCAUACACUUUGCUGCAGCUAGUGCUAAAGAAGAUGUAAUUAAAUUACUAGUACAGAAGAAAGCUGAUGCUACUACACCAGGAGGGCCCAAGAAACAAUUGCCAUUGCAUAUUGCUGCUUUGAGGUCAACUGGUGGUGUAGGGGUCAUUCAGUUGCUGCUCCGAGUGUCUGGGAAAGAAGCAAGACUGGCAAGAGACACAGAUGGUAUCCUGCCAAUUUUUCUAGCAAUAGAUGGUGGCAAUACUGGAAUUUGUAAAGAACUUUUACUGCAUCAUAAAGAUGAGCAACUGAAAGCAAGGAGGGGAGAAAGUGGGGACACUCUACUUCAUCUUGCUUGCAGAAAAAAAGAUAUGGACCUCAUCAAGUUAUUCAUAGAGAAUGGAGCUCAUGUAGACACAUUAAAUGAGGACGGUCACACACCAUUGCAUCUUGCGGCUUCACUUGGCGAUGAGCAGAUUGUGAAAUAUUUCUAUCAAAUGAAGGCAAAUCCCAAUAUUUAUGACAAGCUUGACAGAUCACCUCUUCACAUCGCUGCAGAACUGGGUCACACAGCAGUUGUGGAAAUUCUUAUAGAUAAAUUCAAAGCAUCAGUGGCAGCCCGAACAAAAGAUGGAAGUACGUUAAUGCAUAUAGCAUCACAGUGCGGCCAUCCGGAGACCGCCCUCAUGUUUCUAAAGAAAGGUGUGCCUCUUCAUAUGCCUAAUAAGUCUGGUGCUGUUUGUCUGCAUGCAGCUGCCAAGAGAGGCCACACGGCUGUAGUGAAGUCACUUCUACAAAAAGGUGCAAUGGUCGAUGCCAGAACUAAGGAGAAUUACACAGCCCUCCAUGUGGCGGUACAACAUUGUAAACCACUUGUUGUACAAACGCUGCUAGGCUAUGGUGCACAAGUACAGCUUCAAGGUGGCACAGCGAUGGAAACGCCGUUACACAUUGCAGCGAGAAUCAAAGAGGGAGAGAAAGUUGCAGAAAUGUUGCUCAAAAGUGGUGCUGAUGUUAAUGCUGUGAUGGCGAAUGGUGAAACAGCUAUGCAUAUUGCAGCUAGGUUUGGUCAACUAAAAAUGAUCCAAGCUCUAUUGGAAGAGGGGGCAGAUCCAAUCUACCAAUCCAAAAACGGUGAAAAUCCCCUUCAUAUAGCUGUACGCCAUUGUCACUAUGUUAUUGUUAAGGAGUUGCUGACUUUUCUACGCAUAGAAAACAAUCGUGCUGAUGCCGUCAUGGUAGUCAAUACGCAAAGUAAUGAAGGGGAAACCCCAUUACAUUAUGCUGCAGAGAUCACCAAGGAGAUGGCCCACUACAAUGGAGAAGAUGUUGACAUAGUUAAGAUUCUGCUAGAAUAUGAAGCUGACACUUAUGUGUCCACUAAAUUGACACAAGAGACUCCAUUACACUAUUGUGCUAGAUCGGGUAAUACACACAUCUUGUUGGAAAUGGUAAAAUAUCUUGGACAAGACUCCCAACUGGCGCUUAAUAAGCAGAGUAAGAAUGGUUGGUCGCCACUCUUAGUAGCAAGUGAACAAGGUCAUGUGGACAUAGUCAAGAUAUUACUUUCGUAUAAUGCUCGAGUAGAUGUCUUUGAUGAGCAUGGUAAAGCAGCACUGCAUCUUGCGUCUGAGAAUGGACAUAAGGAAGUAGCAGAUGUUCUUCUGUGGCACAAAGCAUUUGUCAAUGCAAAGUCGAAGAUUGGUUUAACACCACUCCAUCUAGCAGCUCGAAGUGGUCACAAUGACCUUGUUGAACUAUUGAUCCAUACCCACAAUGCUUCAAUUGAUGCACUUUCUUUGGCUAAGAAAACACCCCUUCAUAUGGCAGCUCAAUUUGGACAACUAAAAGUUUGUGAGACACUCCUACAAUUAAAAGCUGAUUCUAACGCUACAGAUAAUAUGGUGAAACAACAGAGGACUUUGGAAGCUGCUAUCAGUCAUGGCCAGACACCGUUACAUUUAGCAGCUGAGAAUGACCAUGCAGAGAUUGUCAAACUGUUCCUUCAACACAAACCUGACCUUGUUACGAUGGCAAAUGUGGAUGGUUCUACGUGUGCUCAUAUAGCAGCUGCAAAAGGAAGUGUUGCAGUCACAAAAGAACUCCUACGCUUCAAUAAAGCUGGUGUCUGCAGUGCAAGAAAUAAGACAAAUGACUCAACAGCAUUACAUCUAGCAGCAGAAGGCGGUCAUACUGAGGUUGUUUCUGUUUUACUAGAUGCAGGAGCGUCGCCAAAUGAAGAAAAUGCAGAUGGCAUGACAGCGAUUCAUUUAGCCGCCAAAUCCGGCCAUGUAAAAGUUCUUGACGCUCUCAAGAAUCGCAUUGACUUCAAGAGCCCUAGCAGGAUGACAGGCUUAGGAGCCCUACACAUAUCGGCACAGUACGGUCAGGUUGAUUUUGUUCGUGAAUUACUGCAGAAGGUUCCUGCAACAACAAAGAGUGAAUCUCCAUCUGGAGCAGUCAACAAAGAUCUGCCGCUCAGUGAUAGUGGCUUGACCCCUUUACAUUUGGCAUCGUUCUCUGGUCAUGAGGGCGUCGUUCGUCUGUUGCUGAAUUCGCCGAACGUUCAGCCUGAUGCACCAACAUAUAACACAGGAAUUAUACCACUGCAUUUAGCUGCACAAAGUGGACAUCUGGCAGUGGCUGGCCUGUUGCUAAGCAAGUCUACAAACCAGCUUCAUAUAAAAGAUAAAAAAGGUCGGACGUGCCUGCACAUAGCAGCCGCUAAUGGUCAUUAUGAGAUGGUGGCACUUUUGUUAGGUCAAGGGUCAGACAUUAACACAUGCGAUAAGAGUGGUUUGACCGCUUUACACUAUGCAUCGAAAGUUGGAUUCUUAAAAGUUGUCAAAUUACUUGUUGAAAGUGGUGCAUCUCCUAAGUUUGAAUCAAAGGAUGGUAAAGUUCCAAUUUGUUAUGCUGCAACAGCUCAACACUACGAUGUUUUGAGUUAUCUCAUGAAGAAAGAUCUUAAUUCUCAAAACCUGAUGGAUGAUAAGAAGUUUAUAUUUGAUCUCAUGGUUUGCGGACGGUACACUCAAAAUAUAUCGAUUCAAGAAUUUGUUCUGCGUUCUCCAUCGCCAAUUGAAAUCGCGGUGCGCUUGUCACAAAUUUUUGUUCAACUUUCGACAAAGGAAAAGGAGCGUACAAAAGAUAUUCUAGCAGCAGCUGCAUUCUGCGAAGAGAUUGCUGUAGAUCUGUUGUCUGUUAGUACAUCACUAAAAGGACCAAGCCAGUUACUGCGUUCCACUGAUAAUCGGGGUAUGCCUUUUUUAGACGUCUUGAUAGAGUGUGAGCAGAAAGAGGUUGUGUCGCAUCCAUCUGUUCAGCGUUACCUGUCUGUAAUUUGGAUGGGGGGUCUGGACUGGGCCAGCUGGAGGAUUAUUCUUCUGUUCUUCACGUUCAUCUUUCUGCCGCCAGUUUGGAUCGUGUUCUCUUUACCUCUGAAACAGCGAUUCAAUAGACUACCAAUAAUUAAGUACAUGUCUUAUCUAGUCUCACAUAUUUUCUUAAUUGUCUUGCUUGUUCUAACAACAGUUUAUACAGGUUACAUUGAGGAUUUUAUUGCAAAUCCAAGUUUUAUUCCAAGAUGGCAUGAAUGGCUUCUUCUUGCGUGGUUUUCAGGAUUGUUAAUGUCAGAAAUUACAAAUCCAGGUGAUCGUCAAGGACUGGGGUGGAUACGAGUAAUAAUCCUGAUAAUCGCGGCCAUUGGCUGUACUGUACAUCUUGGUAUUAUUGCGCCUGAUAAAAAAACGAAACAAGAAGUAUUUUACGCACGGAAUCAGCUUUACGCAUGGUGUUUGUUGCUGUCAUUUGCGCAACUUCUUGAGUUUCUCUCUGUGCAUCAUUUGUUUGGACCAUGGGGUAUAAUCAUCCGAGAUUUAAUGAUGGAUUUGGUGAAGUUUAUGGUGAUUCUGUGUAUUUUCCUUUUCGGUUUUAUGCUUCACCUUGCAGCUGUAUAUCAGCCAGUUUAUGAGGAAGAACCGGAUAGUGAAUAUGGUGCCGUAACGGAUGCACGUAACGUGUUGGAUACAUUGGAAAUAUUGUUUUUUUCGGUGUUUGGUUUAGUUGAGCCUGAUUCACUUCCACCAGUGACAAGAAAUCCAUCAUUUACGUUGACACUGACUAAAAUAGUUUUUGGAACAUACCUUAUUGUGACACUAAUUGUUCUAAUUAACUUGUUGAUUGCUAUGAUGAGUGAUACUUAUCAACGAAUUCAGGCACAGUCUGACACAGAAUGGAAAUUUGCGAGAGCGAAAUUAAUUCGCAAGAUGAAUAAAACGUUUGCAACUCCUGCUCCUCUCAACCUCUUUACUAAAGUGAUAACUUAUGGAAAGCUGAUGAUAAAACAUAGAGGUAAAAUAUGUGGACCUCAAGCACAGGCCCAUUUUCAGGAAGAAGAGCAUGAAUUUGAUGAUACAAUGUCCGAUACACGUUCCAUGGAUGACCACCAUCAGGGACAGAGUAGUGGGGGUAUCGGAGGGUUCUUCCGCAAAGUUCGAAGAAACCCUCAAGUUGCUCCAGAUAGAGCAUUUAUUCAAGUACAAAACUCAGGACCAAAGCGAAUAGAAGAUGUAAUUGACUGGCAGAUGGUGGUUAGAAGAUAUCGUGCAAUCAAGGGAUUUGAAGAGGAGGACCAACGGACAAAUGAUAACGAUGAUGCUGAAGAACAACUUUCGAACUCAAAAUGAAGACUUAAUGGUGAAAAUUUACUAUCAAAUAAUACUAGAGCCAUAUACUGUAUUAAUAUUCAACAAAAUACUAUUAUUAUACAUCUAUUUAUAGAUUAAGACCAUUGUUGAAAUCAUAAAACUAUGUGAUGUAAAAAUUUAAUAUUUUUAACAUUUGACCUUUGACAUUCUAAAAGUAUGCCUAUGAAUAAAAUGAUUUGUUGUAUUAAAGGUGAAGUUUUAUUAAUUGAAUAUUGAUGAAAGCUGUUUUACUUUAUUAUAUUGGAACAAAUAUGCAGUUUUCGUAUUUACUGGUACUGUAUGUAUAGAACUGUAUAAAGCAAAGCUAUUGGACUGCUAAUAUAUAUUUUUGUAGGGUCAUUGACAUGUGAAUUACUGAAGCACAGUAGUCGCUUAAAUGUGUAAAAUAUGUAAUGUACUUUAAAGUGUCAUUAAGAACAUAAUGCCAGUUGAACAAAGAGUACAAUUUAAGGUUUUAGUUGUUUUAAUUGUGUAAAUGUUCGGGCACCAAUGUAUUUGUGUUAAAUGUUUAAUGAUACUGUAUACAUGUCAUAGAUCAGGACUUAGAUCCAAACUAGAUACGACCAAGCUUGCUUGUUCCCCAUCAUCUGUUGAACAUUCUUUCUCCAAGCUUGGACCAGAUAUUUGGGAAAAAAAAUCUUUUGUCUUCAAUAUGUAAUUCCUCAUCGCUAACUACUUUAAAAAAACAGACCUUUUUCCUAGGUAACCGGUCCAUGAGUUCUGUAAAGCACAUUGGUCUUUGUAAAAGCGCUAUAAAAGGGAGUGAAUUGUUGUUAUUAUUAUUAUUAGUAGCAAUGGAUGGCAAGAAUGUGUUUAAUUGAGCAAAUGUCGUGUUCUGUGCGACACUACAGCAAAGUAUAUGUUGCGCGAUUUUGAAAAAUGAGUCGAGUGCACACUUUUAACUUCUGUUUGGUUUCAAAUGAAUUUCUGUUAUUUUUAAUCUUGAAAAGGCAAAUAAUUACAUCAUUAUAGUUUGACUACGGUGAAUGAAUUACUCUUUGGUUUCAUAAAUAAAGUACGCCCUUAGAAGAAAUUUUUAUGUACCUUUUAUUUUGAAAACAAUUCUAAUACAAGUAAAAAUUGUACUGAUUCAUUUAUUUUGAGUUAGGGCAAUGAAAGGCCGAGAAUAACAUGACGCCUUGACAGUGUUACCAAAUAUAGGCUCCAUUGUUCUACCUGUUUUCAAAUUCCUUCAUUCAGCUACCAAAUUCAUUGAACCAUGCUCUAAACUAGUGUCUUGCAUUGAUUAUGAACUGUAGGAUGUAGGAGGGAAAGGUUGUAUAGGGCAUCAAAAUAGAUGUGUAAAUGUUGGCAAAAAUAAACUCCUUUCCAGCAGGGGUGUUAUCAGAAGAUGGGCCAGCUGUCAAGGAGUCAAGGGUAAAAUUUGUCAUGGAAAAAAAAAACUGGAAUCAUUUUCUAAGCCAGGAAAACUGGCAUGAGAGAAGGUCAUUUUCAGGCAUUUGGAAUUGAGAAAACCUAGGACGUUUUUUCACUUACCUCUAACCAUGUGGGGCUGAGGUGCGGGUUUGCUGAUUCAUUAGAACCUUGGUUUUUUGAUUUUUUAGCUGAAUGUAUUAAGAUGUUUUGCUUUCAAUGUCCUAUGUGAAUACAGUGGAACAUCUAUUAAACAGACACGUUUGUGACCAAAAUAAAUGCCUUCUUAGGACUCCCCUUUAUAUAAGUGUUGGCUGUUGUGUUAAAAGAUAUAUUUUCACUUGCUUCAUGACUGAAUUAAAAGUGUCCUUUUAUUAGGGUGUCCUUAAGUGGGUGAAUUUUUUACAUAGAAAGCCUUAAAAGAGCGCGUUCUGUAUUUUAAUGGAGAUAUGCAUGUUUGACAUGCUUAUUUUUAAAUAAAACUAGAUGAGCUCAAAAACUCAAAAAAAACAUUUAGUACUUUAAAGACAGUACAUUAGCUUUCAUGCACAUAGUAAAAUUCUUCAGGUCACCAGAAGAAGUGCACUGGUGUGCACGAAACCUAGUGUACUGUCAAACUAGUCUCUAAAGUACUAAAUAUUUUGAGUUUUAUUUUUUUUAUUUUUAAAUGUAUGUAUAAGUGCUGGAAUGUAGAUACCAGCAAUCAAUAUUGCCUUCAUAAAAAGUAAAUAACAAAAUAUUAUAAAAUUAUGAUAUUGUACUUACGGUUGUAAAAAUUAAAAAAACUAUUAUGUA